AUGCAUCUAUUCACGCAUCGCCUCUCGGCGCUCCCUCUCUCCUUCCUCUCCAUCCUCGCCUCCCUCCCUCUCCUUUUCUCCCACGCCGUCAUCUCCCAGAACAUCACCGCGGCCGAAACCUCUUCUACCACCGCUGCAUUUGUGUGCACGUCCCUCGCCUCCACGCUUCCCUCUCGGGUUGAGUUCGUCAAUCGAGGCUUUAACGUCACGGCUUUUGCGCUUUCUUACUGGUCAUCCACGGCUGCGAUCAUACCUACCUGCGUUUUCAGACCGCAGAGUACUGCGGAAGUUGCGAUUGCUGUGAAGAUUUUGGCGACGCAGAAGGCUAAGGGGAGAGAUGUCAAGUUUGCUGUGAAGUCCGGUGGUCAUGAUCCAUUGAUUGGAGCUUCUGGCACCACAGGCCUCCUUAUCACGCUCGAAAAGCUCAACAAGGUCAGCUACGACACACCCACAGCUACCGCUCGUAUUGGCCCCGGUGCACGAUGGGGGCAAGUGUAUCAAUACCUCAAUCAUUACAACGUCUCGGUUGCGGGCGGUCGAGUCAGCAGUGUUGGAGUUGGAGGCUUGUUGUUGAGUGGUGGUAUCAGUUAUCAUAGCGCGCAGGAUGGCUUUUCAAUCGAUACCAUCCUUUCAUAUGAGCUUGUCCUUCCUAGUGGCGUGAUCAUAAACGUCACCAAUGCUUCCCGCCCGGAUCUUUUCUUUGCGCUACGUGGCGGAGGAAACAAAUUUGGAAUCGUCACAAACUUCAUUUUGAAAACGCACCGGCAACCUUUAGUCAAUUACGGCAUCGUGCAGUUCUUGCCUGGGACGGAGGCCGCGUUUGCUGAGGCUAUCACUGAUUUCUUGCUCAACUCUAAAGACCCCAAGGCUGCUAUCAUCCCGAAUUUGAUCGCGGAUCCAAAUGCGACGUAUCCGCUUUGCCAGUUCUGGUACGACGGUCCCGUUGCUCCCACAGGAAUCUGGGACAGGUUCCUGGCCAUCCCGCACAACGAUACCCGAUUUUUCACGGUCCCUCACUAUGUCGCUACUGGAAUCAUCGGCGAUAUGACCAACCAGCUCUACGGCACCCGCCAGAAUUUCCUCACUACCACUCUUAAGAACAUAUCGCCAGGAUUCCUGACUUCCGUCCUUAACUACACCGCCAAACACUUUGCAGCCGUCAGGGCUCACGCCGGAAGUGCGCUCAUUCUCUGUCAGAUCGCAAUCGAGCCCAUCCAAACAUCGCUGCUCCGCGUUCACGCGUCCUCGCCUCCGUCGGCCUUCAACCCGCUCACGGAGGGUGUGCAGCCACAGAUUGUGUACGAAUAUUCGUGUGAUUGGACGGACCCGAGGCUUGAUGCGUACUUCUUCAGAGAGGGAACCACGGCUGUGAGGACUUUGGAAAGGUUGGUUGGGAGGGAACACGUCUCGAACUGGCUUUAUCCCAAUUACGUGGGACAAGGGCAGGAUGUGGCGAGGGUAUUUUCGGGGACUGAGGAGAGGGCAGCGGCGAUUCAACGGAGGGUGGAUCCGACAGGCUUGUUCAGGGAGGGGACUGGGGGAUUGGCGUUUUAG